AUGCGCACCCUCACACAAUCCCCACCGCUCCAAGGCACUUAUACAAGCCCAAUCCCACCACUCGCUGUCCCUUCUCUGGUCUGGUUCGCGAUAAAUGGCCUCUACGAACACCCAGACCAACUACACAACCUCCUUCACUUUCGCCUCAACUUUCGCAGGGAACAAAUCGACAUAGACCUCAACAAUUUGGACCCCCGUUUAUGGGCAACCCUUGUCCAAUUGUAUGACAAUCUUCCCCACAAGCUGUCAACGUACGAGCUACCUCUGAAUGAUAUACAUUUGCCUCUGCUGCAAGAAAUUCCCUCAACCCCCCUCUUUUCUCUGCUCACCGUGCUCAAUUUGGCAUCCUGCAAGUCCUUAGAUGACCGGACAAUUAGCGAACUCAAAUCUCUCCAUUCCUUGGUCGCGCUUGACGCGUCCGAUACCGUUUUGACUCCAACCGGGAUUCAGAGUCUGGCCAAUACCCUCCUCCUUCGCGAAAUUGGAGACGAAGAUGCCCAGCGUCAACACCGCGGGCCAUGGCCCCUCCGUAUCCUCAAUCUGCGAAACUGCAAAAAAAUUACCUCGGACGUGGAUCUGCGAGGUACAGCUUGCACCCGAAAGAUCGAACUGCCUCCUGGUUUUUCUUCUGCCGCCCCUGAGGUGUUCUUUCACCCAACUCCAUUGCUUCAAAGCCUUGAGACCCUGCGUCGAAUAAACUCCAGACUCCAUUCAUCGCCCAAUGCAUACACCCUUCACAUAACCGAACUUCGUCAUAGGGCACUGCCAACCGCUCGGUCCCCCUCAAAAGGUGUGGAGAACGCCGUGGUGACAUUCUCGUCUGGAUCGAACAGGGUCACGGUAGACAAUACCACGGCUAUUGAUCGACGCGCCCAGGCCAGAGAGGAUGCGGAACGUCACGAACGAAACAAAGAGGCGUGGUAUGAGAGGCACGAAAUGACACCACGUCCUGCGGGGCCUUCCAAGCCUGCCUUCCCCUUCCCGCCGCCAAAGCCCUUAUCGAAGCAGCCCCCGUCGUUUCACAAUUCAUUCGCAAAGAGCAAGCGACCACGUCUUGCCCAAUCCAAGCCCCUACCAAUUGUCUCCGUACACAGUACCAGCGUUCAGUCUACUUCAAACAGCGUUCACCGCGACCUGCAGACACGCAAGGCCGGCCUGAUAGAAAGUGCCUCAGCCAUUGAGGCGGGCGCACAGUCCCGGGCUGGGGACACAGUUAACUCGUUCAACAAUGUGGACCCGUAUGAGCCUAAUCGAGACCAGCAGUUGUUUCUUCCUUCUGUUGGACCAGGGUCGCACUUCAUGCUCUAUCGCAAACCACCGCCUUGGAACGCGCUCGAUGCGGCUAUCAUCCAGAUGAGGCAACGCGAAACAAAGCGGAAGGAAACCAUGAGAAUCGCACAGACGAUGCGGACAGCGGAUUUUGCUUCCGUCGAUCGCACCGGGGAGCGAGCGAAUAUGGUCAAACAGCAAAUCGUGAGUAUGGUACCUAGGCGCGCCCAGAAAUGGCAGAGUGAUUUUGGGCCAAUCUCUGCCUCGGGCUCCUCGUCCAAACCCUCCACAAGCAACAAGAAUCCAUUUGCGAAACGGUCGCCUCCCCCUACGGAGACGCCAAAGAAACCUCUCGUCCCCAUCUCUACCGUCCCCACCCCCGUGUUCACGCAGGAACUCUUGGACGUUAACGCGAAAGAGAAUCCUGAAGGUUCCCUGAAACGGUCAUCCUCCAGCGGCUCCACCAAGCGCCAAGCCCGACCGCGCAAGGCCAAUGAGCCGCCGCAACCCCAGUCUGGAUUUGACUGGAAGAAAUGGGCCAAGUCUUGA